AAAUUGGAUGAUAGGUGAUUAAAUAAUAAUGGAAAAGUAAAUCACUUGGAUAAUAGGUCAAAAUGCAACACAAAUGAACGUUAAUAGUGCUCUUAAUAUCAAAGUUUCGGUAAAAAGUUUGGCGCUAGUUCAACGCGCAUCGUAUACAGCCUCAUAACAAUAGACUGACAACCUUUUGGGUAGAUUGGUUACCUCCCCUUAUCUUUCGCUACUCUCUAUUAUAGUCAACGAAGUCAACGGUUAUAUAUACAACGGGGGACCAGUUAACCUUUUGGGUAGUAAAGUAGUAAUACAAGGCAAUAUGGCGACCGUUAGCCACGAGGCCUAUCUUACGGAGGAAUCCGAGAUAGCCGAUGUAUCACGAUUGAUACGAAACAAUACAUGACGAAGUAGCUUUUAAUACCACGUUUAUUUAGAAGUGGUGAUAUGUGCAGAUAUUAAAAGGUUUUCCAGUGCAUUAAAGAGGGCAUGGAAUCCAAUGUCUGUGACAAUCAAGGGAUAUCAGCAUCAAGUGACCGUGAAGUUACAGACAUGUUGACAUCUAAUGACAUCUUUAAAAGCAUUGAUAAGGAGCUGUUCUGGUGUGACACCUGUGGACGUGGUAUGCUGGACCUUAUUAGUUUGAGACAGCAUGUUGCAGAGCACAUUGUUGAUGUCAUUGCAGACAAAAAUGAUACUUACGCCAGCCAAACUUUACAUGCAGGCCUUUUUAGUUAUCAAGAAGGUGUAACCGAUGGAAAUGUGAAGGAAAAAUUAGAAGACACUACACUAGGGGCUCCUGACUGUCAAGAAACUGCUGAAGUACGUUACAGUUGCUCAGUAUGUGGGGCCGAGUUCUCAGUGUUGCAGGAGUUCAGAAAUCACCAAAAUGUACAUGAUCAAACUUGCAUCACAACUCAAAAUAAAAACGGGCUUAAAGUCAACAAGGGGUUAAUUUCUUCAAGGUGGGACCUCACAAAUCAUCACACAGGAGAGCGGCCACACAGGUGCAGUGUUUGUGGAAAGGAAUUCGCCAGGGGCUCGGACCUCACAUAUCAUAUGAGUAUUCACACAGGAGAGCGGCCACACAGUUGUAGUAUUUGUGGAAAGGGAUUUGUCAUCAGUUCACACCUCACCCGGCAUAUGAGGAUUCACACAGGAGAGCUGCCACACAGUUGCAGCGUUUGUGGAAAGGGAUUUGCCUGGGGCUCGGUCCUAACUGAGCAUAUGAGGAUUCACACAGGUGAGCGACCACACAGUUGCAGUGUUUGUGGAAAGAAAUUUGUCGCCAGUUCACACCUCACCCAGCAUAUGAGGAUUCACACAGGAGAGCGGCCACACAGGUGCAGUGUUUGUGGAAAGGAAUUCGCCAGGGGCUCGGACCUCACAAAUCAUAUGAGUAUUCACACAGGAGAGCGGCCACACAGUUGCAGUAUUUGUGGAAAGGGCUUUGUCAUCAGUUCACACCUCACCCGGCAUAUGAGGAUUCACACAGGAGAGCUGCCACACAGUUGCAGCGUUUGUGGAAAGGGAUUUGUCAUCAGUUCACACCUCACCCAGCAUAUGAGUAUUCACACAGGAGAGUGGCCACACAGUUGCAGUGUUUGUGGAAAGGGAUUUGCCAGGGAAUCGGACCGCACAAAUCACAUGAGUAUUCACACAGAAGAGUUGCCACACAGUUGCAGUGUUUGUGAAAAGGGAUUUGCCAGGGGCUCGGACCUCACAUAUCAUAUGAGGAUUCACACAGGAGAACGGCCACACAGUUGCAGUGUUUGUGGAAAGGGAUUUGCCACCAGUUCACAACUCACACGGCAUAUGAGGAUUCACACAGGAGAGAGGCCACACAGUUGCAGUGUUUGUGGAAAGGGAUUUGUCACCAGUUCCAACCUCACUAAGCAUAUGAGGAUUCACACGGGAGAGCGGCCACACAGGUGCAGUGUUUGUGGAAAGGAAUUCGCCAGGGGCUCGGACCUCACUGUGCAUAUGACGAUUCACACAGGAGAGCGGCCACACAGUUGCAGUGUUUGUGGAAAGGGAUUUGCCACCAGUUCACACCGCACACGGCAUAUGAGGAUUCACACAGGAGAGCGGCCACACAGUUGCAGUGUUUGUGGAAAGGGAUUUGCCACCAGUUCACACCUCACACGGCAUAUGAGGAUUCACACAGGAGAGAGGCCACACAGUUGCAGUGUUUGUGGAAAGGGAUUUGCCAGUGUCGCUUACCUCACUGUGCAUAUGAGGAUUCACACGGGAGAGCGACCACACAGUUGCAGUGUGUGUGGAAAGGGAUUUGUCAGCCGUUCACACCUCACAUAUCAUAUGAGUAUUCACAAGAGAGAGCGGCCACACAGUUGCAGCGUUUGUGGAAAGGAAUUUGCCAGACGCUCGGACCUCACAAAUCAUAUGAGGAUUCACACAGGUGAGCGACCACACAGUUGCAGUGUUUGUGGAAAGAAAUUUGUCGCCAGUUCACACCUCACUCAGCAUAUGAGGAUUCACACAGGAGAGCGGCCACACAGGUGCAGUGUUUGUGGAAAGAAAUUCGCCAGGGGCUCGGACCUCACAUAUCAUAUGAGUAUUCACACAGGAGAGCGGCCACACAGUUGCAGUAUUUGUGGAAAGGGAUUUGUCAUCAGUUCACACCUCACCCGGCAUAUGAGGAUUCACACAGGAGAGCUGCCACACAGUUGCAGCGUUUGUGGAAAGGGAUUUGUCAUCAGUUCACACCUCACCCAGCAUAUGAGUAUUCACACAGGAGAGUGGCCACACAGUUGCAGUGUUUGUGGAAAGGGAUUUGCCAGGGACUCGGACCUCACAAAUCAUAUGAGUAUUCACACAGAAGAGCGGCCACUCAGUUGAAGUGUGUGCGGAAAGGGAUUUGUCACCAGUUCACACCUCACAUAUCAUAUGAGUAUUCACACAGGAGAGCGGCCACAUAGUUGAAGUGUUUGUGGAAAGGGAUUUGCCACCAGUUCACACCUCACACGGCAUAUGAGGAUUCACACAGGAGAGAGGCCACACAGUUGCAGUGUUUGUGGAAAGGGAUUUGCCACCAGUUCACACCUCACACGGUAUAUAUGAGGAUUCACACAGGAGAGAGGCCACACAGUUGCAGUGUUUGUGGAAAGGGAUUUGUCACCAGUUCUCACCUUACAUAUCAUAUGAGGAUUCACACAGGAGAGCGGCCACACAGUUGAAGUGUGUGCGGAAAGGGAUUUGUCAUCAGUUCACACCUCACAUAUCAUAUGAGUAUUCACACACGAGAGCAGCCUAUCAGUUGCAGUGUUUUUGGAAAAGGAUUUGCCAGGGACUCGGACCUCACAAAUCAUAUGAGUAUUCACACAGAAGAGCGGUCACACAGUUGCAGUGCUUGUGAAAAGCGAUUUGCCAGGGGCUCGGACCUCACACGGCAUAUAAGGAUUCACACGAGAGAGCUGCCACACAUUUGCAGUGUUUAUGGAAAGGGAUUUGCCGGAGGCUCGGACCUCACACGGCAUAUGAGGAUUCACACGAGAGAGCGUCCACACAGUUGCAGUGUUUAGUGGAAAGGGAUUUGCCAGGGGCUCGGACCUCACAAAUCAUAUGAGGAUUCACGCAGUUACAGUGUUUGUGAAAAGGGAUUUGCCACCAGCUCUGACCUUAAAAAGCAUACUAGGAUUUACACGUUAGAGUGGUAACACAGUUUAUGCGUUUGUGGAAAGAACUGUGAUGUGUGGAUUCACAAUGGAGAUCGGCCAACAAUUGCAGCGUGUGUGGAAAGAAUUGGUCACCAGAUCUCAACUCAAGAUACAUCUAAUGUUUCAUAUUGGUGAGCGGCUGCACAGGUGAUGCGUAUGGGACAAAAGUUGUUCAACUACAUCCUUCCUUGAAGCUCAUAAGGUGCCGUACCAUGGAAAUAAAACUGUCAAAUGUACCAUAAUAUUAUGCUGGCCAAAUUCCACCGAAACGGAUAUCUUUAUCUUAGAAAGAUAUAUAAUGGAGUCACAAUAACGAGUGUAGAUAUGAGAGCUUGUCUGCAAUUAUUUAUUUGUGACGUCCUUUUUAUCGAACGCUAAUAAAAAACGCUUUCAUUAAUGGUGAACAGAAGAAGUAACGUGAGCUUUGUACUGUUUAAAACUGUGUAAUAACAAAAAGACUCAAGUACAGGGAUUUGCAUUUAUUUUCGUAUUAAAAUUCUGCCAUUUGUCGAUUACAGGUAUGUUUUAUUAUUAUUUGUACAACUAUAAACUUCUCCUGAUUGUGAGAUGAACCUGCUCUAGAUAUAAACAAAUAUAAAUAUUUAGUUGACUUUUGGAUUCUUUAACAAACCUGAAUUGAAAUGCUAUUCUAAUUUCAAGCCAGGCUCUCCUGGACGAACGUUCGAUCUGGAGUCUAUUUGCAAUGAAACUUAAUAAAAAGUCUUCAAUUAUUAA